AGGAAAGACACUGCAUAGAUUCAGCCGUGAUGGAACUCUACAUCUUUAUUGUUCUUCUCAGUGAGAUCUGUAAGUAUCUAAAAUCCCCUUUUUCACAGUUUCUUUGCUCUGAUCAAAUUCUGAAUGUAAUUGAGUGCAUUUCUCUGCAGUUCAAGUGGCAGCAGUGACAAAGAGUUCUAAUAUUCAACAGGACAGUGGGCUCAUAACAGCCAGAGCUGGGGAUAAUAUAACUUUACACUGCUCUUAUCAGGAUGAUGCUGUGAACUUCCUAUCUUGGUACAAGCAACACCUGGGAGAUAAACCUGACAUCAUAUCAACUCGGAUGAAGCUCAACAAAGAGGCCACCAUCUCCCCUGCUUAUGCGGACAGGUUUCAAGUCGAAGCAGGAGGUGCAAAAGGCACCAACCAUCUUACCAUCAGAGACAUUCAACAGUCUGAUUCAGCGAUGUAUUACUGUGGGAUUUUAGAGUUCAACGCGAUUGAGUUUGGAGAAGGAGUCUUUCUUCAUGUGAAACCUCUAUCAUCCAACGUCCCAGCUAUUGUCCAACAGCCAACGUUAGAGCCUCUUCAGGUGGGAGACUCUUUGAAUUUGAGCUGCACAGUUUUCGCAGCCGCAUGUGCAGGAGAGCAGAGCUUCUACUGGUUCAGACAGGGUGCUGCUCAGUCUGCUGUCAUGUAUCACAAAAAGGGACAAUGUGUGUCUGACUCAGAGUCCCACGUGAAAAACUGUACCUUGAACCUCGUUUUAAAGUCAGUGAGUUACUCUGAUGCAGGGAUGUACUACUGUGCUCUGGCUUCUUGCGGGGAGACUGUGUUUGGAAAUGGAACAAGCGUGAAGAUUAAAGGUAAGUGAUAAAACUCAAAUCGGCUAAAUCUAUUGUUUUACAUUUUUAAAAACUUAAACUUCAGUAUAAAUUGAAGACAGUAUCUGUGACACAGUUUUCUUGACUCUUUGACAUAUUAGGAGGCUCAGCCAAAGUCCCUUUACUCCUGGUAUCCUGCCUUGGUGUGGCGCUGGCAGUAUCCAUUAUUGUGCUGUUCAUCUUAGCGUCCAUCAUGUGCAAACUGCAGAAAAAGUCAUGCUCCGUGUGCAAAGGUAUGACUACAGUAACAGUAUUUGAACUGUUCAGCUAAGGCCUGGCUUCAUCAUACAUGUGUAUUGUUUUGCAGGAACAGUUUCCUAUCCGGCAGGUUCUGCAACACCUGACGCUGUGGUGGGUAAAACACUCACAUGACAAGAGCCAAAUUCAAAGAAGUUUUUUUCUCCAGUCUGAUCAGAUUCAGAUAACUUGCCUUUGUGUAUUUUGUCAUUACUAGAGCCAGGAUGCAGGCAAUCUACAUUAUGCAGCUCUGAGUCUGAACAAAACCAGAAAGCAGCAGUGCCAAGAGGAGAGUGUGGAGACAGAAUGUGUGUACUCCAGAGUGAAGAGUAGGAAAGAGUGAGGAAGAAAUUCACCUUUGAAUUUAUUACUGAUAAACAUUAUCUGUGGACCUGGGCACAGAAACUGUAAAGAGGAGAUGCACUGAAAGGAAACGUCUGUUUUCAACGUCAUUACAGCUUUCUCUCUCAAUUAUUGUAUCUAUAAAGUGUGAGUGUUGGAGGGGUUUAACAUGUCCAUAGACAAAAUAAAGACAAACAUGCUCAUCAAAAA